GCGCGCGCGUCCGCGGAGGCCCGGCCUGUGAGGGCUCCGGAUCCCGCUGUAAGGAUUGUUAAAAAUGAGUCUGCGGAAGCAAACCCCUAGUGACUUCUUAAAGCAGAUCAUCGGGCGCCCAGUUGUGGUGAAAUUAAACUCUGGCGUGGAUUACCGAGGGGUCCUGGCCUGCCUGGAUGGCUACAUGAAUAUAGCAUUGGAACAGACAGAGGAGUAUGUAAACGGACAGCUGAAGAAUAAGUAUGGAGACGCAUUCAUCCGCGGAAACAAUGUGCUGUACAUAAGUACACAGAAGAGGCGGAUGUGAAGACGCCAGGAGAGAGGCACUGCUCUUCAGCGAUGGAUAUAUGAUCACUCUUAUGAUCUUGGUGGCCUGUUUUUGUGGUGGCUGGUGGGGGUUUUGUUUUCUUUUGUUUUUUUAAUUGACAUCAGAAUAAGAUAGAGGUAUUACAUUACAGAUUGAAUCUUAAGCUUUUCACAUUUGUUUCAUUGCUUAUUAUUUCUGCCUGUACAGAUGCUAAAAUUAAAACAGUUUGUUUCUCAAGAAAAAAAAAAAAAAAAAAAGAAAA